AUGGAUAUGAUAAAUGAGCCAGGACGUUUGUGCACAUUGUUCUGGAAAAGUAAUAUAUCUGAUGAUAUGCUAUUGAGCUUUCAGUUCUUGAGAGUCUUAAAUUUUUCUGGAUCAGGCAUCGAGGAGUUGUCAGCCAAAAUCAGCAAGCUAAUAUACUUGAGAUAUCUUGAUCUCUCUGACACUAAGAUCAGAGCCUUGCCCAACUCCAUUUGCAAGCUCUACAAUUUACAAACACUUAGAGUCAGCAACUGUUUUCCAUCCUUUAAGUUUCCAGAAGAAAUGGCAAAUAUGAUAAGUUUGAGACACAUAUAUCGCAACUGUCAUCAUUACCUAGUACCUAUUCACAUGCCACUUAAUAUGGGGCAAUUGACUAGUCUUCAGACGCUACCGUUUUUCAAUGUUGGUUUAAAGAAGGGUCGUCGAAUAGAAGAAUUAGGUCGUUUGAAAAACCUUAGAGGUGAAUUGACGAUCUAUAGUCUCCAAUUAGUCAGAAAUAAAGAAGAGGCUCGAACAGCAUAUUUACUGGAGAAACCAAAUAUCUACAGGCUGGCAUAUAUAUGGUCCCAUAAUGAAUCAGAAGGCUGUGAGAUCAAUCAUGAGCAUGUGUUGGAUGGUCUUCAACCACAUCCUAACAUAAAAACCUUAGAAGUGGUGAACUAUUUCGGGACUAUAUUUCCUUCAUGGUUUAGUGAACGAUUGCUACCAAAUUUGGUCAAGUUGAAAUUAAGUGGUUGCAAAAGGUGCAAAGAAAUUCCAUCGCUUGGCCAACUGAAGUUCCUUCGGCAUCUUCAGCUGAUAGGAUUCCUUGAAUUGGAAUGCAUCGGACCUACAUUUUAUGGUGUUGAGAUAAAUGAUAAUGGAUCAAGCAGCAAUAAUGGCAAUAUCCAUGUGUUCCCGUCAUUGAAAGAACUAGUAUUGGAGAAUAUGCGUAGCCUUAUUGAGUGGAAGGGAGAUGAAGUUGGAGUGAGAAUGUUUCCUAGGCUUGAGAAGUUGAGGAUUACACACUGUCCACUGUUAAAAAGUACUCCAACUCAAUUUGAAAUCCUGCGUGAAUUAAAAAUCGAAAGAGUCGACAGUGAAUUGCCAUUGUUGAACUUGUGCAGCAACUUAACAUCUCUUGUGGAUCUUUUUGUUGAUCACGUGAAAGAGCUCACUUGUUUACCCAGUGAGAUGCUACACAACAACGUUUCUCUUCAACUCCUAUCUGUCUCAAAAUGUGAAGAGUUUCGUGAAUUGCCACAAAGCUUGUACAAUCUUAAGAUAUUGAAAAUACUCUCCUGCCCCAAUUUAACUUCUGUUCCUGUUCCCAGUGGAGAGAAUUAUUUCAGUUCUCUAGAGGAUUUGUGUGUCUUGGGCUGUAAGAACUUGGUUUCCUUGCCUUUACAUGUGGGGGAAAUGCCUUCACUUUCCCAUUUGGAUAUAUCACAAUGUCCCAAAUUGAUUAAUUUACCCUCAGGGGGCCUUCUCCAUCUCACUGGGUUAACAAAUCUAAGAAUCGGUCCUUUCUCAGAGAUGAUGGAUUUUGAGGCAUUCCAAUUGAUUUUUAAUGGCAUUCAGCAAUUGUUGUCCCUUCGUAGAUUGCACUUGUGGGGACACUUGCACUGGGAUUCUCUGCCUUAUCAACUUAUGCAACACUCUUCCCUAACAGACAUCCAUAUAUAUGAUUUCGGAAUCGAGGCUCUUCCUCAUAGAUUUGGCAACCUUACUUCUCUUGAAUCAUUGGGACUUACGAGGUGCAAACGGCUACGACAUUUGGACUUCUCAGAUGCCAUGCCCAAAUUAUGGUAUCUGUCCAUGUAUGAUUGUCCAUUGUUAGAAGCUCUGUCGGAUGGGCUCGGCAACCUUGCUUCUUUGGAAUAUAAGAAAGUUGCACCAAUAGGAGUGGCCCAAACUCCCAGUGGUUCAACAUUUCCCAUAUUCCACAAAUUCGACUACGCAGUCGGCUAA